AUGGCGCUGCUCUGCUUACUACUAGUGAUUUCCAAUCAUCUACUUCUCAUAUCCGCACCAGCUUCACGGGGCCCGGACAACUGUCGCUGCACCACCCAUGAAAAACGCGUCAUCUGCCGCUGCCCAUAUAGAAUUCGGGGGGGAUCUUCGUGCAGUUGGAUUGGAUACGGGGGGAAGUACAGCUUCCCCGAAUGUCUCGACACCAUACCAACCGACUUCGACAAAGCCACCGUCUCGAUCUUCAUCAAACAUCUCCGUUCUCCGGUGAUUUUAAAGGGGUCUUUCCCCAACAGCCCAGACGUAUGGAUGCUCCAAAUCCGAGAGUCCAACGUUUCCAGGGUCCAGCCAGGAGCUUUCCGAGGUCUCCCAUUGGUCUCCAAUCUAUAUCUUGAUGACAACCGCAUCUCCAGUCUUGAGCCCGAUACCUUCCUUGGGCUUGAGAAGGUAACUGACUUGAACCUUCGAAGGAACGCCAUUUCCGUCAUAUCCCAGCAUGCAUUCCGCGGCCUAUCUGUCCUUAAAUGGUUGACGUUAAGCAUGAACCGUCUGCGUUCCGUGCCUGUCGUCGCACUCCUGCCGCUUACAGCACUUAAGAUUGCACACUUUCGAAAAAACCACAUCACCACGAUCGACAGCCAAAUCCUGCGUCUGAAUCACAACCAGACUGUACGUCUGCUUUUAGCAGACAACCAGCUGAAAUGUGAUGCGAAUCUCACCUGGUUCAUCUGUAAUCUACCAGACAUGGACUACAUUUCUGGUCCUGAAUUCCUAAAGUGUGUGUCACCUGCCAACCUGAACGGCACUCUACUAGCCACCGUGAGGAAGGACAUCAGUCAGACCAACACGGACAGGUCACCACAUGUACAGGGGAUCAGGCUGGGGAGAUGUGACGUAACGUCCACCACAACAGGUCCACAUACCCACCACACCAGUCUGUACAACCACACAAGUCUGCACAACCACACCAGUCUGUACAACCACACCAUUCCCACAGAGAUGACAUACACAAACACCAGGCCAGGCUCAGAGUCUACCACAGGGACUGACGUUUUCACUCUUCACGGCGGUCCAAUCAUCAAUGAGGAAGACAACAGUUACCACGUCAAUACCGUCAUCAUGGCUGUUGCUGUGCCUCUCCUGAUGGUGUUGGCAUCGGGGGUUGUCGCCUACUUGUACGAACGCUGUCGCGGCACAGGCCCCCCUGUUGAAACAGAUGGAAGCCAAAAGAUUGAGCCGUACGCUGUUACCUACUCAAACUCUGCCGGACUGCGAGCAUCAGGCACACAAACAAGUCCUUCUCAGGACCAGACAACAGAGGGUAACAAUGACAUUGAGCCAUACGCUGUGUCAUACAUGGAUGUGUCGGGGAAAGGGAAAAACGGCAAGCUUGCGCCAUACGCAACAACCUCCUUUGCUAACAUCCAGACAGCAGAAGACAGUGAUAACAUCCAGCCAAUAGAAGACAACGAUGACAUUGAGCCGUACGCUGUGUCAUACAUGGAUGUGUCAGGGAAAGGAAAAAUUGGCAAGCUUUUUCCGUACGCAACAACCUCCUUUGCUAACAUCCAGACAGCAGAAGACAGUGAUAACAUCCAACCAUAUGCCGUGUCCUAUGUUGAUGUCUCAGGGAAGGGGCAAAAUGGCAAGCUUUUUCCGUAUGCAACAACCUCCAUCGAUGAAGACCCAGGCCCACAGCUUCAGCCGUAUUCAGUGACCCACGAUGAAGACCCAGGGCCACAGCUUCAGCCAUACGCAGUGACCCACGAUGAAGACCCAGGACCACAGCUUCAGCCAUACGCAAUGACCCACGAUGAAGACCUAGGGCCACAGCUUCAGCCAUAUGCAGUGACCCGCGAUGAAGACCCGGGGCUACAGCUUCAGCCAUAUGCAGUGACCUACAAUGAAGACCGAGGACAAAAUGGCAAGCUUUUUCCGUAUGCGACAACCUCCAUCAAUGAAGACCCAGGGCCACAGCUUCAGCCAUAUGCAGUGACCCACGAUGAAGACCCAGGGCCACAGCUUCAGUCAUACGCAGUGACCCGCGAUGAAGACCGAGUACCAUUCUCCAAACCAAGGAGUCAGUCACUGCCAAGAGUCCAUACAAUGGCAGCAUGGCUCAAGGACAGCCUGAGAGUUUGGACAGCACAUCUCCCCAACUAUAAAGCACAGCUCACGCUCAGCGUGAAAGUCCAGACACUGCGGACAGCACAUCUCACAAACUGUACAGCACAGCUCACGGUCAGUGUGAAAGUCCGGACAGCACAUCUCACAAACUGUACAGCACAGCUCACGGUCACCUUAAAAAUCCGGACAGCACUUCUCACAAACUAUACAGCUCAUGGUCAGUGUGAAAGUCUGGACAGCACAUCUCACAAACUGUACAGCACAGCUCAAGCACAGCUCACGGUCAGCGUGAAAGUCUGCACAGGACAUCUCACAAACUGUACAGCACACCUCAAGGUCAAGGUGAAAGUUUUGACAGCACAUCUCACAAACUGGACAGCAUAUCUCACAAGCUUUGCAGGACAUCUCCAGGACAGCUUAAGAGAAAAGCUGGUGGACAGCCGAUGGACAGUUGACCUCCUCACAAGCAACUAG